UUUUAAACUACGGAUCUGCUCAGAGAAAUCUGCAAAUCAAGUGUAGAAAUAAGUGAAGCUUUGUGCCAAUUAUUAGGUCUAAGGAGAAGUUUGGGAGAGAGAGGAGAAGUUACUUAUUUGCCUGAUUCCGCACGCUGAGUCCAUGGGGAGGGAAUGAAGUGUACCGCUGGCUUGACAAGCAGGACAGGGAGACGCGGCUGCAGCCCUCAGGACUGGGCAGCAGCUGCAAGGCUGCCUCUGAGCGUGGUCAUGGGUCCCAGCUGCAGUGCUCUAAAGAUCAAGCAUUUUGCCUUCUAUUUUCUAUGACCAGAGAUUCCUGUGCAAAGAGAGAGUGUCAAUGAAGACCUCAAAGUCUGGAGAAAAAUGACCUUCCAUGGAAUACAAAAUAUACCUCCUGCUACGUGUUUUUGUCUUAUUGAGCUCUGAUAACUGAAACACAUGGCUCUGAGUCUAUAGAAAGUCAACUGAUCAAACUGCUCCUCACCAUGCAUCAACUAUUCAGACUGGUUUUGGGACAAAAAGAUCUCUCACGAGCUGGGGACCUCUUCUCCUUAGAUGACUCUGAGAUUGAAGACAGCCUGACAGAAGCUUUGGAGCAAAUUAAGAUAAUUAGCUCAUCUUCAGAUUACCAAACCAAUAACAAUGACCAGGCGGUAGUUGAAAUCUGUAUCACGAGAAUCACAACAGCCAUCAGAGAGACUGAGUCCAUUGAAAAGCAUGCAAAGGCCCUUGUGGGGCUCUGGGACUCCUGCUUGGAACAUAACGUGAGACCCUUUGGGAAAGAUGAAGAUACUCCUCAUGCAAAAAUCGCAUCUGAUAUCAUGAGUUGCAUUUUACAGAAUUACAACAGACCCCCCGUGAUGGCAUUAGCCAUCCCCAUUGCAGUGAAAUUCCUCCACAGAGGCAACAAAGAACUGUGCAGGAAUAUGUCCAACUACCUGUCUCUGGCCGCAAUUACCAAGGCAGAUCUCCUGGCGGAUCACACGGAAGUUAUAGUAAAGAGCAUACUCCAAGAUCAAUCAGAAAACGUGUUUUUUGAAUUUGGGGUCAAGGAACAAUAUAUGUUACUAAUUAAUAUGUAUCAAAAUGUCCCCAAUUCUCAUUAAUAAAGAUGCAUGAGGUCCAUGAGUAUCUCAGUCCACAGUUUACAGACAUAACCCACCACAUGAUCAGGUUGAUCGUCAACCCUCUAUAAGGUGCUCAAAGUUCAAAUAAUUCUUAGGGUCCCCAGUGGUGUCCUAUGUGUGCUCUCUUCCCAAGGUAACCAGACCAAUCCCCAAGCCCAUGCUGCUAUUCUGUCCAUGCUUCUUGGCAUAACAUGGUGGGGUGCUGUCCUCUUUCACCAUGCUGAGCCCAGCAGACCCUAAGGCCACUGCCAUGCAGGUCCCAGGAAUGGACUCUACUCCUGGGAACUCCAUGCUGCCCUGCCAGUGAUGGCAGUCUUUGUGCUGAGCCACCUGAAGCUUCAGGAACUACCAAGUCCUUAGCCCAGUAAUUCAGUGUGGCAGCCUGUGGCAGGAUGGGAAAGAACACUAGCCUUUCUCCUUAGUGUUACACCUUUGUAGAGAGGACCCAGAGCAGUGCCAAACUAAGUUGCCAUGUUUGCAGUAAAAUAGAUGUUUUUUUAGUGGAAUAGAAUAAAGAACCCAGAAGUAAAGCUGCACACCUAGAACCAUCUGAUUUUUGACAAAUUCAACAGAAAUAAGCAAUGGGGGAAGGACUCCCCAUUCAAUAAGAGGUGCUAGGGUAACUGGCUAUCUAUAUGCAGAUAAAACUGGACAACUAUCACCAUAUACAAAAAUUACCUCAAGAUGGAUUAAAGACUUAAAUGUAAGACCUCAAACAAUAAAAGUCCUCAAAGAAAACCUAGGAAAUACCCUUCUUGACAUCAGCCUUGGCCAGAAAUUUAUGGCUAAGUCCUUAAAAGCAAUUACGACAAAACCAAAAAUUGACAAGUGGGACCUAAUUGAACUAGAGAGCUUCUAGACAGCAAAAGGAACUAUCAACAGAGUAAACCGACAACCUACGGAAUGGGAGAAAAUUUUUGCAAACGACGCACCCAACAAAGGUCUAAUAUCCAGAAUCUAUAAGACAUUUAAGCAAUGUAACAAGCAAGAAACAAACCCAUUAUAAAGUGCAAAUCAAAAAAUUAGCAAGAUCUCAAUUAACAACCUAAUAGCAUAACUAAAAGAACUAAAGAACCAAGAGAAAACCUACUUCAAAGCUAGCAGAAGACAAGAAACAACCCAAAUCAGAGCUGAACUGAAGGAGAUUAAGACACAAAAAAAUUUUAAAAGAUCAGCAAAUCCAGGAGCUAGCUAGACUAAUCAGGAAGAUAACAGAGAAGAUCCAAAUAAACACAAUCAGAAACGACAAGGAGAUGUUACUAUUGACUACACAGAAGCACAAUCAUCAAAAGAUAUUAUGAACACCUCUGUACACAUAAACUAGAAAAUCUAGGAGAAAUUAAUAAAUUCUUGGGCACAUACAUGUAGAUUCACAGCUGAAUUCUACCAGAUGUACAAAGAAGAGCUGGUACCAUUCCUGAUGAAACUAUUCCAAAAAGUUAAGGGGGAUGGACUCCUCCCUAACUAAUUCUAUAAGACCAGCAUCAUCUUGAUACCAAAACCUGGCGGAGACACAACAUAAAAAAUAAAUAAAGAUUAAAAAAAAAAAAAAACCAACUCCAGGCCAAUAUCCUUGAACACUGAUGCAAAAAUCCUCAACAAAAUACUAGCAAAACAAAGCCAGCAGCUUAUCCACCACAAUCAAGUAGGCUUUAUUCCUGGGACGCAAGGUUGGUUGAACAUAUGCAAAUCAAUAAAUGUGAUUUAUCAUAUAAACAGAACUAAAGACAAAAACCAAUAGAUGCAAAAAAGGCUUUUGAUAAAGUUCAACACCUUUCAUGUUACAAAUUCCCAAUAAUCUAGGUAUUGAAGAGCAUACCUCAAAAUCGUAGGACCCAUCAAUGGCAAACCCACAGACAACAUCAUACUGAAUGGGCAAAAGCUGGAAACAUUACCACUGAAAACUGCACAAGACAAGGACAUCCUCUUCCACCACUCCUAUUCAACAUAGUAUUGGAAGUCCUGGCCAGAGCAAUCAUAAAAAAAAGGGAAUAAAGCACAUCCAAAUAGAAAAAGAGAACAUCAAACUAUCCCUAUUUGCAGACGACAUGCUCCUAUAUCUAGAAAACCCCAUAGUCUCAGCCCCAAAGCUUCUUAAGCUGAUAAACAACUUCAGCAAAGUCUCAGGAUGCGAAAAUCAACGUACAAAAAUCACUAGUAUAUCUUCACACCACCUGUAGCCAUGCUGAGAGCCAAAUCAGGAAUACAAUCCCAUUUACAAGUGCCACACACACACAGAUAAAAUACCUAGGAAUACAGUUCACCAGGGAGUUAGUUGAAAGAUCUCUAUAAGAAGAACUACAAAACACUCCUCAAAGAAGUCAGAGAUGACACAAACAAAUGUAAAAAUAUUCUAUACUCAUGUAUAGGAAGAAACAGUAUCAUUAAAAUGGCCAUUCUGCCCAAAUCAAUUUAUAAAUUCAAUACUAUUCUUAUUAAACCACCAAUGACAUUCAUCACAGAAAUAAAAAAAAAAUUUAAUUCAUAUGGAAACAAAAAAGAGCCUGAAUAGCCAAUGCAGUCCUAAGCAAAUAGAACAAACCUGGAGGCAUUACACUAACUUCAAACUGACUUCAAACAGGAAUGCAGUAAGCAAAACAGCAUGGCACUAGUACAAAAACAUACACAUAGACCUAUAGAACAGAAUAGAGAACUCAGAAAUAAGGCUAUGCACCUACAACUAUCUGAUCUCUGAAAAAGCUGACAAAAACAAGCAAUGGGGAAAGGACUACCUAUUCAAUAAAUGGUGCUGGGAUAACUGGCUAGCCAUAUGCAGAUUAAAACUGGACCCCAUCUUUAUACCACAUAAAAAAUUAACUUAAGAUUGAUUAAAGACUUAGACGUAAAAGCCCAAACUAUAAAAACCCUGGAAGACAACCUACGUAGUACCAUUCUGGACAUAGAAAUGGACAAAAACUUCAUGAAGAAGAUACCAAAAGCAAUUGCAACAAAAGCAAAAAUUGACAAAUAGGAUCUAAUUAAACUAAAGAGCUUCUGCACAGCAAAAGCAACUAUCAACAGAGUGAACAAACAAUCUAGAGGAUGGGAGGAGUUAUUUGCAAACUAUGCAUCUGACAAAGGUCUAAUAUCCAAGAUCUAUUAGAAACUUAAAGAAAUUCAUAAGAAAAAACAAAACCCAUUACAAAGUGAGCAAAGGACAUGAAAAGAUACAUUUCAAAAGAAGACAUACAUGCAGCCAACAAUCAUGAAAAAGCUCAACAUUUCUGAUCAUUAGAGAAAUGCAAAUCAAAACCACAAUGCAAUACCAUCUCACACCAGUGUAUUAUUAAAAAAUUAAAAAAGAACAGAUGUUGGCAAGGCUGUGGGGAAAAAGGAAUGCUUAUACACUGUUGGUGGUGGCUGAUCCUCAAAGACCUAAAAACAAUACUACCAUUGAGCUCAGCAAUUUUAUUACUGGGUAUAUAACCAAAGAAAUAGAAAUUGUUCUAUCAUAAAGACACAUGCACACAUACUAGCAAAGACAUGGAAUCAACCUAAAUGCCCAUCAGUCAUAGACUGGCUAAAGAAAAUGUGAUACGUAUACACCAUGGAAAACUAUGCAGCCAUACAAAAGAACAAGAUCAUGUCCUAUGCAGGAAUAUGGAUGGAGCCAGAGGCCAUUAGCCUUAGCAAGCUAAUACAGGAACAGAGAACCAAAUACCGCAUGUUGUCGCUUAUAAGUGGGAGCUAAAUUAUGACACACAGAGGAAAACAAAAGAUACUGGGGCAUAUUUGAAGGUGAAGGGUGAGAGGAGGGAGAGGAUCAGGAAAAAUAACUAAUGGAUACUGGGCUUAAUACCUGGGUGACAAAACCCCCAUGGCACAAGUUUACCUAUAUAAAAAAAACUGCCCCUGUACCCCCUAACUUAAAGGAAAAAAAAAAGUGGGUAAAGGACGUGAACAGAUACUUGUCAAAAGAAGACAUAAAAGCAGCCAACAAAUAUAUGACAAAAUGCUCCACAUCACUAAACAUCAGAGAAAUGCAAAUCAAAAUCUCAGUGAGAGACCAUCUCACACCAGUCAGGAUGGCUAUUACUAAAAAUUCAAAAAACAACAGAUGUUGGCAAGGCUGCAGAGAAAAGAGAAUGCUUAUACGCUAUUUGUGGGAAUGUACAUUAGUUCAGCCACUGUGGAAAGCAGUUUGGAGAUUUCUCAAAGAAGUUCAAAUAGAACUACUAUUUGACCCAGCACUUCCAUUACUGGGUAUGUUUACGCAAAGGAAAAUAAAUCCUUCUACCAAAAAGACACAUGCGCUCAUAUCUUCGGUGCAACACUAUUCACAAUAGCAAAGACAUGGAAUUAAGCUAGGUACCCAUCAACAGUGGACUGAAUGAAGAAAGUGUGGUACGUAUAUACCAAGGGAUACUGUGCUGCCAUAAAUAAGAACAAAAUCAUAUCCUUUCCAGCAACAUGGAUGCAGCUAGAGGCCAUAUCUCAAGCAAAUUAAUGUAGAUACCAAAUACCAAAUGUUCUCACUUCUGCAUGGGAACUAAUCAUUGUGUACAUGUGGAUGUAAAGAUGGGAACCAUAGACACUGGGGGAACUAAAAGAGAGGGAAGAAAGAGAGGGGCAAGGAUUGAAAAACUACUUAUUGGGUACAGUGCUAAUUACCUGUGUGAUGGGUUCAAUUGUACCCCAAACCUCAGCAUCAUGCAAUAUACCCUUGUAACAAACCUGCACGUGUAUCCUUGACUCUAAAUGAUAUUUGAAAAAAUAAAAUAAAAUAGAUUAUUGUUUUAUCUAAAACUCUCUUUCCUUCCCCUGGGCUCAACUAUUUACCCAGGAGUUGGGGUUGCUAACAAACUAAUACUUUAAUUCUCAAAGUGCCUAUUGCCUUCUAAGAAUUAAAGUUUUGUUCCUAACUUAAGCUGAUUGUACCAGACUUCCUAAGGAGGGUUCUUGGUACCAUCCCAAGACUUCUGACCAGCCACCCCAAUGGUCUGCCAGGUAUGUCUGAACUCCAGCAUGACAGUGGAAGUUUAUCACUCAACCUGGGGUUCCCUCUAAAGAUUUGUUGUUAAGAAUACUAGGCAGUAUUUUCAUUUCCAGUUUCCUUUGGCUCCAGGAUUAAAUCUCCAAUUUCACUUUAUAUGUAAUAUUAAAUUUGCUGAAAGCACAGAAAAGUAAUUACGUUUUUUUUCAACACCUUGGCUAUAUUUCUGAAACAUAUUUUACAGGAAUUUCAAACACUUAUACACACCACAUAUUGUAAAUCCAUGAUAGUCAGACUUGCUAGUAACAGAUUUAUAAAAAAAUA